CAGGCGCGUGCCGUGCUUCUUCGCGAAAGCCGACGGCGGUCGGAGCCUUUCAAACGGACACGGGUGGGCCGGGCUACGUGCAACAUGAGUACCAAGAUUAGCCGAGAGCUCAUGCGCGAGAGCAUCAACGCCCUCCUCGACGAGUCGAACCGCAGCCACCGCAAGUUUACCGAAACUGUCGAGAUGCAGAUUGCUCUCAAGAACAUCAACCCCCACAAGGACAAGCCCGCCUCCGGCACAUUCAGGGUGAAGCACAGCAUGAAGCCCAACUUCAAGGUUUGCGUAAUCGGCGACCCGGAACACUGCGACGAAGCCAAGGCGAAAAAGGUCAACUUCAUCGACAUGGACACCGUACGCUUGAUGAGGAAGAAGUCCAGCAUCGCCAAGAGGAUAAUCAAGAAGUACGACGGGUUCCUGGCGUCGACCACCAUCAUUAAGGACGUCACCAACCUCGUGGGUCCCAUGAUGAAGAGGAUGGGCAAGCUGCCUAUGCCCCUCGCGCAUGGCGAUAACCUGUACGAGAAGAUUCUCGAGUCCAAGACCACCAUGACGUUCCAAAUGAAGAGGGUGCUGUGGCUCGCCGUGUGCGUCGGCCACGUCAAAAUGACGCCCGAUAUGCUCGCCGAGAACAUCGACACAGCCAUCAGGUCGCUGCUGACGCUGCUCAAGAAGGACUGGCAGAACAUCAGGUCCAUCCACCUCAAGUCUACCAUGGGGCGGCCUCAGAGAAUCUACUAAAGCCACGCCCACCCCUGCAUGGUCGUCCAGCUCAA